UGUCUGUGUGUCUGUGUGUCUGUGUGUCUUUGUUUCUUUGCUAUUAUUAGCCGCCUCCUGGGAAGGUGAAAGUCAUGGCGCUCCGUGUGACUAGGAACAUGAAGGUCAAUGCCGAGAAUAAACUGAAGGGCAAUGUCCCUGGUGCCAAGAGGGUACCUGUACCCACCGCUACCUGCAAGCCUGGGCUGAGGCCAAGAAUGGCCCUGGGUGAUAUUGGCAACAAAGUGUGUGAGCAACAGCAGCCACCUCCAUCAAAAAUACCUCUGAAAAAGGAAGCCAAAGCUCCCAUUGCAAAAGUAGCUGCUAAAAAGGCCCCCAAACCAGCGGAAAAGAUGCCUGUGCCUGUGCCUGUGCCUGUGCCUGAACCUGUACCUGUUAAGGAAGAGAAACUAACUCCUGAGCCUAUUAAGGUGGAUUCUCCAUCCCCAAGCCCAAUGGAAACAUCUGGGUGUGCACCUGCAGAAGAGUUUCUGUGCCAAGCUUUUUCCGAUGUCAUACUUGCAGUGAAAGAUGUUGAUGCAGAUGAUACAACUGAUCCAAACCUUUGUAGUGAAUAUGUGAAAGAUAUUUAUUGCUAUCUUAGACAACUUGAGGAAGAGCAGGCGAUCAGACCAAAAUACCUUGUGGGUCAAGAAGUCACUGGGAACAUGAGAGCCAUCCUCAUCGACUGGUUGGUACAAGUGCAGAUGAAGUUCAGGUUGCUACAGGAGACUAUGUACAUGACUGUAGCCAUUAUUGACCGAUUUAUGCAGGAUAAUAUCGUACCUAAGAAACUGCUACAGCUGGUAGGUGUUACCGCCAUGUUCAUUGCCAGCAAGUAUGAAGAGAUGUACCCACCUGAAAUUGGGGACUUUGCCUUUGUAACUGACCACACGUACAGCAAGCACCAGAUUCGGCAGAUGGAAAUGAAGAUUCUAAAAGCUUUAGACUUCAGUCUAGGUCGUCCUUUACCCCUGCACUUCCUACGCCGAGCAUCCAAGGUUGGAGAGGUUGACAUUGAACAACACACCUUAGCCAAAUACCUGAUGGAACUCACAAUGGUAGACUACGAAAUGGUCCACUUCCCUCCUUCCCAGAUUGCAGCAAGUGCAUUUUGUUUGGCAUUGAAAGUCCUUGAUAAUGGUGAAUGGACUCCAACUCUUCAACACUACAUGUCUUAUACUGAGGAGGCCCUUCUUCCCGUAAUGCAGCACAUGGCUAAGAAUGUGAUCUUGGUGAACCGGGGCCUUACAAAGCACAUGGCUAUCAAGAAUAAGUAUGCCAGCACUAAGCAUGCAAAGAUCAGCACUAUUGCACAGCUGAAUUCUGUAGUAAUUCAAGAUCUAGCCAAGCCACUAACAAAAGUGUAACUCGAUCUUGAACUGUAGUGAAAUCUGCAAUAAAAUUGGCACCAUGUGCCGUUUUGUACAUA